UAUAAAGCUUUUCUGUCUUUUUCCUUUACUAUUUUUUUUCUCUCACUAUGAGACUUGGUAGGAGUGACAGGAGUUACACUAAGUCAUGGAACUCUAAUACGAAACAAGCUCUAGGUCUUUACAGACUGUUGGCAAAGAACUUGGGCUUUUGGCCAAUGGAUUGUCACACAACUAAAUCAAAAUUUUUAAUAACAUUUGUUGUUAUUACCCAGCUGUUGAUGUCAAUGAGUUUGAUAAUAUUACUUUUGAUAAAAGGAAAUUGUGGAGCAAUAACUGAAUUUGUUGAUGCACUUAGUUUGAUAAUAUGUGGUUUAACAACAAUUAUAAAAGUCAUUAUACCAAGAAUAAAUUAUAAAAAAAUGUCUGUUAUUAUUAAAUCAGCUGUUAACGAUUGGAAAAAAAUUGAUCAUCAUGAUAAAUCACGUUUAAAAACAAUGCAAUAUUUUUCAAAUAUUGGAAGAGUUGUUUUUAUAAUACAAAUGAGUGGUGCAUAUAUUGUUGGUUUUCCAUUAAUUGUCAUGAAACUUCCAUUUGUUGUUAAUUAUUUUCAUCUAAAUAAAAAUGAAUCGUUGUUGUUAAUAAAUAAAACAAUAUUAACUGCAAGCAGUAAUGUUGGUCAGGUUCCAAUAGGACCAACUUGUUGGAUACCAACAAAUAUGUCAUCAAAUAUUUAUUUUUUAUAUUUUAUUUUACAAUCAAUCCAACUGUUUAUUGUGUGCUCAGCAUACAUUGGUAGUGAUACAUAUUUUUUUGGUAUUGGAUUACAUAUUUGGGGACAAUUAAGAAUACUAAAUAAUAGUCUUGAUAAAUUUAACAAAGCUGAUACUGUAUUAAAAGAAAAAAAUUUACUUAGGAAAUUUAUAAAACGUCAUGAUCAUCUUUUAAAAUUAAUCAAAUAUUUUGAAGAUAUUUAUAGUUAUAUAAUACUUGCUCAAGUUGGUACUGAUGUUUUGCUGACAUGUAUUUCAGGAAUUGUUCUUCUAAUGACUGUCCAGUAUGGGGAUCCAAUAGUCAUUGGUGGACUUGUCAUAAGAAUUUAUCUUGUUUAUGUACAAUUAUUUAUGUAUUGCUUUAUUGGUGAAAAAUUAACUGAGGAAUCAAAUAAAUUAGAAAUAUCAAUUUAUCAUGAUAUUCCAUGGUACAAUAUGGAUAAGAAAAUUGUUAAUGAUAUAAAAUUCAUUAUGAUGAGAACCAAUUAUUCAUAUAAAUUAACUGCUGGUAAAAUGUAUACAAUGAAUUAUGCUAAUUUUAUUGGUAUUAUCAAGGCAAUGGGUUCAUAUUUUUCUAUACUAAGAUUGAUGUUUAUUAAUAACAAUGAAUAA